UCGCUGCUUUCAUUGUGUGUCUGACAUCACAUGAGAAAUGAAGCGCGCUCAGCUCGCACAACUCUGUGAGAGGAGCGAGAGAAGCACCGCACGCCAACACAUGACAAACCACCGGGGUUAAACACCACCGGACGGGACUCGAGCAGCAGCGGGAUCUGUGUUCACCAUCAUGGGGAUGGACCGGCGGCGGAGAGCCUCGCUGGCGCUCACCUUGAACUUCCUCGCGUUGAUCCUCGCCAUAUCUGCGCUGACCACCAGCUACUGGUGCGAGGGGAACCGGAAAGUUGUCAAGCCCUUUUGUACCGGACCGGUGACCGUCAAACAAACGCACUGCAUUAGAUAUAACAGCUCAAAUAUCAACGACAGCCGGCUUGUUCAGUAUAUUUGGGAGACCGGCGAGGAUAAGUUUGUUCUGAGGAAGUUCCACACCGGCAUCUGGUUCUCCUGCGAGCAGAACGUCGACCUUGUCGGCGAGAAAUGCAGAAGCUUUAUAAAUGUGGCUCCUCCUCAUGAGAGAGGUGUUUUGUGGCUCUGCAUUGUAGCUGAGUGUCUCUACAUCUUACUGCUGGCCACCGGAGGAAUCCUCAUGUCCAUCGAGGUCUGCCAUUUUGGAAACGUCAUCGAUGGAUUGAAACUGAAUGCCUUUGCUGCCAUAUUCACGGUCCUGUCAGGUCUUCUCGGUAUGGUAGCACACAUGAUGUUCACUACAGCGUUCCAGCUGACCGUCAGUCUGGGCCCGGAGGACUGGAAGCCACAGAACUGGGACUACAGCUGGUCUUACAUCUUGGCUUGGAGCUCCUUCACCGCCUGCAUGGCCUCCUCCGUCACCACCAUCAACAGAUACACUAAGACUAUUCUGGAGUUCAAACACAAGCGAAGAAACAUUGAGAAGAACCUGAAGAUCAAGCAGAAGCUGCUGGACCUGGACUCUCCAGACCAGGUGUGGGACAUGUACAUCAGCUCCGUCCCCAGCACGGCCGAGGAGUUUCUGGACCUGUCCAGUUCUGGACGCAAGCUCUCCGCCAAUUCAGUCUUCCUGGACCUCAAUGACCUGCCGUCUCCACAAGGAGAGGAGUACUGCUGAAUCCUGUCAUCAUCUACAUAACUUCUAGUGUUAACAACAGACUCUGGCAGCUGGAAAAGCUUUGAUUGAAGGUGAUGCGUUAAGAUUUCAUAACUGUUGCGUAAUGUAUGGUUUGAUGUUGUGCUGUUGUCUGAAGAUGAUGCUGUGAGUUUUAGUUUGUUAUUAAUGUGCUGCUGACAUUGUAUGCGUAAAACGUAUUCUGGCACCGGAACUGCGACGAAUGAACGAUUGUUCUCAAUCCUAGAGAAUAAACUGUGACACAAGGCAUUUUUUUAAAUCUAACUAUUGAAAUUGCAUUACAAAUAUAUUCCCAUUUUUUGAUUCAGUAGAAAGCGUCUUGACGUCAGUGAAAACUGCCUGCUGCUUUAGAUCUUCCCUCUGCUGUAUUAUGAAGUCAUUACCAAAUCGAUCCUGAGGAUCUUUUUCAAAAUCAGUUUUAAUGAGACACAAAUUACAUUGCUGAGUGCCUUUGUUUGAGCUAUUGAUCUUGGUUCUUUAACCGUAGCAUGCAAGUCCUGGAACAGUUUAUUUUAUAGGCUAUUUGAUCAUCCGUAAUUGUCUCAAUACAUAUCAAAUUAUGUAAAGAUUGCUGUUUCAUUUAGCUCCAUUUUAUUAACCUCAUCAGCUCUAUAGUAUAAAUUAAAAAUCAAUAAUUUUGUUGUUAAUUGUUAAUGAUUUUGCAUUCUGCAGAGUGCAAAGAUCUAUACGUGCGUAACUGUGAAAAGAACAAGAAUUGAAUUCUAGGUCAGCUAAGCGCAUGCAAAUGUUUGGGAUUAAAGAAGUGACUUUACUGUGGGACGCUGUGUUGUUCUGUUUAGGAUGGAAGAACAUGAUACAUGAGGUCAAGUUACUUGAAUUCUUCAUCAUCUCUUUAGGUUCUGUAUAUUUGAUCUCAUUCAAAUCAUAAGAAUAAAUAACUUAUCAAUUUAUCCAUUUGUUUCUAAACUGUCUAAUGCGUCUUUGUACUGCCAAAAUGAACUGUUUACAUUUUAUGUGCAAUAAUGAAUGAAACAUAUAGAUCAAAUACUUUUUUACAGUAAUGUACACUGACCAACUCCUUCUAGACUAAAUGUGUUAACUGCAUGUCAGCUUAUGUCAGACAGUUCAUGUUUAAUUUGAUUUUUUGUGUUCUCUCUUGAUUUAACUGCUGUGUUUAUUUGUUUGGUUUGGUAGGUUGUUUUUAAUCAUUGGUUUUCUUUGACUUUAUGUUGAUGAAAUGUAUAUUAAGUCUUUUACAAAAGCAGCAAGACAUAGAGUAAUAACUAUAAUAAAUCAAUGCAUUAUAACAAUAAAGAAUCUUUAUAACCUGAAA